GCGAGCUUUCAGUCUCGCGUCGACCGUCGUCGCAGUGGUUCGAGGGAGCGCGCUCCCGUCACAUCGCUCGUUCUAUGUUCGCGGGAAUGUGAACGGGCACGUCGAUGUUUUUCUCCCGCGCGCUCUCCGGAAUUCCCGAGCUGACAGCUGUCACCUGGCUAAAGUUUCGAGCGCGAUUCUGCCGACGAUCCCGCCCAGCUGGACCAUCGAUCGGAGCGAAUUUCAUCGAUUCUCUUCUCUCGUGGAAUGUUUAUGGAGCGUGGAAGUAGUGCGACGAAAAAUGAGCGGUUGAUCGACGCUGGAAAAACGUCUUCCGGACUCCCUCGCAAGAUCGAUCGGAAUUCACGUUUUCUCGGUCUUCCACUCAAGCGGUAACGAGAAUUUUCGUCGGCUCGACACUUUCCACCGGAGAUUGACGCCGGGCUCAAACAAACGCUCGCGGCGAUUCGUUCCGUGUGUAAAUAUACGCACGACACGGAAUUGUAAAUACGAGAGCACUGUGUACUCACUUUUCUCGGGGAUACGCGAUCCGAAGAAUCAACUUUCGUCGUCGAGCGUGCACCAGGUGAUACACGACGUGCGGGUUUGCGCCAUAAUCCUUCUAUACACGCUUACGUAUUCUUAUUAUAUACAUAAACGUAUGUACAGCACCCGCAAAGGUCGAUCAUCGGCCGUGUGCGACACAGAAACUCUCUUCGCGAUUAAUCGAGCCUUAAAGAGCUUCUGGCUCUUGGCAAACGCGAAAGGAGCGAAUAACUUGUAAACGCGCAUGCAUUUUUUUCCAAUCCUCUCGUUUUUCGAUCACGAAGCUUUUUUCUGAUAAUCAGCGUUAUUCUACUGAUGAAAAAAGGAGUAAUUACGCGAAAUUAGUGGGGAAAGCUGUCAAGUUACGUAUAGAAAUUCGUCUUUGGGAAGUCGAUGAAAUAGGGGGGGCCUAAAAAAUGCGGAAUUCGUUUUCAUGAGGCUGCGCGGGGCUCGAUGUUAUCGCCACUCGGGAAAACUUUCAACAGCGUUCGCUGAUUAAUUUGCUGGAUAAGCGCUCCUCGAUCUCUCGAGCGAAUCAUUGUUCGUGAAAUCGCAAAACAAAAGUGUUUGCAGAUUUUGACUGGGAGCGUUGAGAAGGAAAAGUUUGAAAAGUGACGAAUUCGCGUUUUGCUUUUAAUCCUUUUUGCCGAACACUCUUCGAGCCUGCUCCGUGACGAAAUUGGCUUCGUCCUCGUUGCCGGUUCAAUGUCCGGAGUUUCGUGAGCGGAGGAGAAGCAUCGAAAAAGGAGGCUGCAGCGUCGAACGUGUUUUGCGAUUAUUUAAAAGAACGACGAAACAGUGCCGAGGAUUCGGUCGGACAAUGAAUUCCCGUUGCCGGGAAGCGCAUCGAGGAACGAAAAGUGCGCACACGGGAUUAAGAAUCUUGACGAAAACACGACAAUGCUGACGGCUCGAUCUGGCCCACUCGGGGUCGGACGAGUCCCGAGAACCCUCGGACCAGCCGAGGGCAGUGAUCACCUCUUCUUGCUCCCCGAACGCGCUCUCGUCAUGGACAGCACCCACCUGCGCCAAGAUCUAGCCGGUCUCGACUUCAAUCUUCAUCUCAAUCUGCUUCACACCGCUCCUCGUGGCAACGUUUGGCUAUCUGGAGCCGUUCCUGAGGAAAGCAACCAAAGGUCCAGUUCCGCGCACCAUCGCCACUCUCUCACGAAAGAUCAAACGAUGCACUGGUUCGCUCAAAUCGGCGCCGAUAACGAGCCAAUUCGACAGGGCUCAGAUGUGAAGCGCCGCAGUCUCUACGACGAAGACUCCCUUGACGGCGAUCAUCCUAAUGACAAUCAAGGACGCGAUUCGACCGGAAACGCUAAAGAUGUCGACCGGGCUAAACUCGUCCGCGACAGACAGAACGAGGAACGACAACGAAGGAUCGAGGAGAUGAGACAACAGGCUUUCGCGGCUCAACGCUUCCGGGAGCAACGCGAAGUCGAACGGAAGAGACGCAUCGACGAGCUGAGGUCUCGUGACAGCGACAGGCGAAACCAAGUUGAGGAGAGAAAACGUCUGAUAUGGGAGGCCGACAGAGAAAGACGAGAGGCCAUUUUGCGAAAAAAUCAAGAGCGAGAGGCGCGCAUAGAGGCGCGAAAAAAGAACGAGAGGUCGCAGAUUGGAUUCGCGUUUGGUAGUUCGACGCCGCGGAUGCUCGAGCCUGCGGACACCGGCGGCUCCUCGUUCUGGGGCACGAGAAGAGCAACCUCGACGACAAACGUCAUGAUGUUUUCAGCAGCUCAACCAUUGACGAGACGAUCGUCGGAGCGUGAGCUCGAUGGCAGCAAAAAGCGAGCGACUUCGGCCGGUGGACUCGAUCGAAAACCUGGCGAAGAUAUGAGAAUGUCCUCGUCUAUGUACGAGGUUUUCAAUUGGAAUUGUAGCCCCGAUCCUUCUUUAACCCAUGCCAAAAAUAAGAGAGCCAGCCUCUCGCUGCCUCCCACCACUGACAUCUUAGCCAUCGACGAUAAAUCAGAUAACGAGACUAGGCGCUCAACGAUGCAUCGGGCUACCACCGGUGAGGAUAGCGACGGAGCAGCGGGAACCCCGAGCUCGGUAUAUCUGCGCGUGAACAGAAGACGAACCGAUCUAAUGCCGACGAUACCAUCGCCCAGGGACGGUGGACUGGUUCAAACUCGAAGUUCCAGCUCCAAGGCAUUCACACGUUCACCAGGUAGGACUUACUCCAUGUCGAGACUGGACCAGCUUGCCCAGCCUAGGAAGCGUAACAACAACGAGCUCGGAACUGUUACGGAACAGACACAAAAUCAGCCCUUGGGCGCUACCAGCAUGAGUCGCAGCAUGUCGCACUUGGCUGCGCCCGGGGCCAAGAGUCUCAAGCGUACCGAUAAUUCACGUAGCAUGGGCACGUUACCCGGUGCUUUGCACGUACCGCGACCAACCAGGGCCGAGAGAUUGCGUCGAAAGGCACGCGAGCAUCAGACUCAACAGCAGCAAGGUGUCCGCAGUGGUGAGGUGACGCCGAACAGUCCAUCGCGACCGCACAGUUCCAUGAGUCAACAGAGUGGCAGCAGUGUGGGCAGCAGUAACGUCAAUCUGCGUCCUCGCACAACGACGCCCCGACGUCCGCGACCCGCUUCUAUUGCCGGAACUGGCGUUUCUGUCACAGAACGACACAAUCUGGUAGGAGACAUCAAGGUCACGAAAGAUUCGAAACCACCACUGCCAAAGGUUCACAGUACUCCAAAGAAGCCGACUACUCCGAAGGUCACGGAUCCACCGAAAAAACCAACUGACAAAUUGAUCAAGAGCGCCAGAGCAUCUCCUCGGAUCACCCCCAAAGCUACACCUCUACAAAGCCCAGGCGCCGAGCAUCCACCACUCAUACGGGAAAAUACGACCGAGAUUAUAAAACAUAAUAAUGGCAAUAAAGAGCUCAAGACCGAGGAGAAAAAUGAGGAAAAGAAGGAUCAAGGCACUGAAAAAGCUGAGGAUUCUCAAGAUCUCGGUGGUGACCUCGAUAAGGAUGAUAGCAAGAUAACUUCGAACGCCGAGUCAAACGUUUCCGUUUCAUCCUCAAGAGCUGCAAAGGAAAGCGCAAAUGUCGUUCAUGAAGUUUCUGGCCAAGUUGCUCAGCAUGCAAUUACGAAAGUCGAGAAGAAGGACGAGCACAUUAACGGGGGGAAAAAGGCAGCAGUGGAACCUGAAGUCAAAUCCGAGCCGGAAAUUGAAGAGAUUGACAUGUCUGCUUCGAUGAUAGCUAAAAUCAGAAUAACGACGGAAGAAGAGGCCAAGGCUGCUCUCGCCGAGCGUAGAAAAUUGGCUCGCGAGCAAGCCGAACGCGAGGCUGAGCUCGAACGUCAACGAUUGGAAGAAGAAGAGCGCCUCGAAGAAGAACGACUACGGGCUGAGGAGGAAGAACAACGUCGUCUUGAGGCGGAAACGUUACGGCUGGCAAAAGAGGCGCAAGAGUGUGAAGAGCAAAGACUUCAACAAGCCAUCGAGGAAGCAAAACGCCGAGAGGAGGAGGACAGAAAAAGACGCGAGGAAGAGGCUCGUUUGAAAAUUGAGAAAGAAGAAGCCGAGCGCAAAGCAAGAGAAGAAGCUGAAAAGCAACGUCUCGAAAUGGUUGAACGUCUGAAAAAGGAAGAGGAAGAGAGAUUGCAACGACGCAAACGAGUGGAAGCUAUAAUGCUUCGAACUCGUGGAAAAAAUCAGUCUAAUACUCCCACAAAGGGCGAGGGUGGCGAAUCGGACAAGAUGAAAGAAGACAGUCCGAGUGACGAGAACAAGCCAGCCCCCGGUAGCAACAGGGGUGAGGAUGUAAUGACAGCGAGUCUGAUAUCCGAAGCGACCCAGCAGUUUAUAACAGUCGAGCAACAAGUUAAUCACGAUGGUAACAACACACAAACGGAUAUUGUGCGUAACGGUACUAACCAUCGAAACGGUAUAAACGAGAGUAAAACCUUGCUGGAGAGUAACGCCCACCAGGAUAACGUCGAGGGUGUUGGUGGCGGUGAGCUGAACGGUCAUCACACGAAUCACGGGAAUGGCAUCGACAGCCAAUCAAUUACGUUGGACAAUGCCACUGUCAAACAAAACAACGUGACCAACAACCUGUUAGACCUGACGGAUUUUGAUACACUGAGUAAUAGCAGUAGAGGCCCGAUACUCGAGCUGUCGUCAAAUCUGUCUAACGAGGAUUCCCUCAACUCUAACCUAAACCCAGCGGCAAUGCCCUUUACUCCCAUGGUCAACCCUUUUGUGCCUGUCGCCGCGAACGCCAACACUAAUCCGUUCCAAGAUGCUUUUAUCAACAACCGAACCCAAGACAACAAUCAAGUACCAGAUCUUCUAUCAUAAAGUGUAAGUGUUAGAUACUCUGGUUAAGGAAGAAUUAAGGAAUGACAGAGAGAAAAAGAAAAGAAUAAGUAAAGAAACUAAGAAUCGCGAAUAACCGGUGUUUGCCACGGCGCAAACUUUCGGUAAAUAUUAUAAAUGCCGUUCGAUGGAACAGACAGAUACGAAGCAGGAACAGAAAGAGAAAGAGAACGAGAGAGGGAAAGAGUGAGAGAAAAAAUGUAAAUAAGCUCUAAAAUAGAUGAUUAGGACGAAAAGAAGCGAAGGUCCAAAUAUAAAUGGAAGCGAUACGGAGGGUGAACUCCUGUGGAAAGAGCUACUCUUCACAAAAAACGAAUAACUCUCGUACACGAUGAUGCGCAUGAUAGUGAUUGAGAGCGAGAGAGCGAGAAAGAGAGAGAGAGAGAGAGAGAGAGAAAAGAAAAGCAAAAAUGAAAACAAAUAAGAAAGAAAAGAUGAGGCAAGAAAAAACUAAGGCGAGGAAGUUGUAAAAUAAUAUAUAAUGUUAAUUAAUAAUAGCAUACAAUGAAUGAAACAAGAAAAAAGAAGAAGCAUAUAUAUAUACAUAAACCCCCGUCAUAGUAUACCUACUCGUGUAGAGAGACUAACUUUUUAGACGAACCUUUGCUCGGAAUAUUUCGUAUUUAUAAAACAAUUACGUAUUUCGAUGAAACGAUGACACGCAUACACUAUACACACACACACACACACACACACACACACACACACAUACACUCACACAUAUAAAUAUAUAUUUUUUUCGUUUUUAUUGUAAUCGAAAAACCUCAUUAAAUUAUGGUUCAACACCGUGUACUAUGAGAACGUUUUUUUCGACAUGUGCGCUCGAUUUAAUUGCAUUCGAGUGAAAGUUCACAAAACAAAAUAUAAUUGCACAAUUUGAUGAAACUGAAAUGAUGAGAAAUGGAGAAAAAAAGCGAAAUUAAAGAAAGAAAACUAAUAAAAAUAACAGCACUGUAUAGCUAAACUAUAUGCUUUUGAGAGAUUGAUCCGAACGCGAGAGAUACGCAGAAAUCCGAAUUAUUCGAUUGUCGUAAUUGUGCUCCUUUUUUUGUUUUCUUAAUUUUCUUAUUCUAAUAUUAUAUACAGACAAAAAUGAUUUCUUCCGUACUGAGUUUCAGGGCGUGCGCUCACUAGUCAAGCGAUUUCUAUUGUUUUUACCAGCCUCUCUCUCCGUUUAGAAACACAUCUUUUUGUUCUUCGAAUCCGCUACUAAACAAGGUGGCGGAUAUUAUUAUUAAUAUUAUGAUAAUUUUUAUUUUAUUAUUAUUGUAUUGAUUUACUUGUUGGAAUUCACGUGAAUGGUGAUCGAUCAAGUUUAUUGCGAAUAUACCAUGGAUUCUUUGAACUGUGAUGAUGUUGAUGAUGCUGAUGAUAACGAUGAUGCGAAAUACUUCGUGAAAAUAGCCUGCUGUAAAGUGUUUAGUAUUUAAUAACGCAGAGAAAGAAUAAUACGGAAUCCGAAGAAUAAUAAUGUUGUACGGAAAAAAAAAAGAAAAGAAGAAGAAUAAUAAUAAUAAUAAUGAUGAUGAUCUUAAUGAUAAUAAUAAUGGAAGAGAUUGACGAUACAAAAACGGUAUUGGGUGAACUGACAUGGUGGCAGAUUCGUCACAAAAUUGCGCUGCCGUUUUCUUCUGCAUUAUAUCUCUUUCUUUUUUAUUUGUUUUUAAUUGUUCUUUCAUCUUCGUGAAGCGUUCGUUUCUUUCGUAAGGCCUAGCGCUUCGGCCUCGUGCGUCCUUAAGCCUGACAAGGAUAUAAAAGUGAAUUGGGGUCACAGGAGAGGUGGAUUAAUGAGAAAUUAAUACAAUACGUCUAUCCCGUAGUAUAUUUAACGCGAACAAGAUGAGAUGAGCAACAAAAUGCGUGCAGUGACUGUUUAAUACUAUAAUGUUAAUUAUUGUGUAAUACGGGGAUAUUUCCGUCUCGCAAUGUGUUAAGUAAAAGAAAAAAAAACGAAAAAUUAUACAAAAAGUGUUAUUCAAUUGAAUUUCUCAUGAAUACUGCUGCGAGCGUCUCAACUGAAAUUGUUACGUUUCUUAUUUAAUCGACACAGUUUUUUAGCUUCGAAUAUGGACCACAACGCGAAUUUGCUGAUCCCCCUGAUUCGGUGUUCCGGAAAAAACGUCGAAAUUGCUUGUUGGUGAAUUCUUUGGUGAAAAAUCUCGCUCCAUCGGUCGUUUUUUGCUUCGUAAAGCGAAUAAAAAAGGAGGAAGAAAGCAAAGAGGGAAGAGAAAGAGGACCGAAGAUACUGGUGAUCGUGCUGGAUAAUAAUUUUGUUACUCAAUUUUCUUUCACUACGCACCCACAUGUCAAAGGCGCUCGUCAUUUUUGUCUUAACACGUUUAUUACGUAGGAAUAAAAAUUAAGCUGAUUAUUGUUGUCUCUAAAUUGUCAAGGAAUGUUCGUCAGAAAUGUUUUUAUGGUGUUUCGUAAACGCUGUAUCCAUAUUGUUAUUAUAAUUAAACUAAAUUAUGUAUUUGAAGAGAAAAGAAGAGAGGAUAAAAUAAGCUUCGGAGUUUUGUUGGUGCAAGCAAAAAGUCGAUUCCCUAAUCGUGCUUAAUUCUUCACGAAGAGCAACGAGAUUUAUAAAGUAAACAUAAACAGUUUUUACGAAUGAUUUGAAUCUUGGAAAUUGGAAGGGUGACCGUUUGUAUUCGCACGAACCUCGAUUCCUUAUUCCUUUUGACCUCUCACUUUUCUCAUUUGAAUUAUCUUCCCUCGUCCGACGUUCUCCGCCACUACGAAGUGUUACGGUUAUUUUUGUCUUCAACUUUUCAUUUUUGGCGACGAAGUCAUCGUGUCUCAACUACUUCACAUUGUGAAAUAAAAAGUAUUGAAAAACGA